AUGGCCGUGGGCUUCAUGCUAAUUAGCAUAUUUUUAAUUCAGCAUAGUUUGGCUACAGUUGUGCUAAACGAAGAGAUACAUGAUCCCAGGUGCAAGAGUGUGGAGUAUGGUCCAGACUUGCCCAGUGCAAGCAUUAUAAUUAUAUUUACAAAUGAAGCAUGGAGCUCGCUUUUGAGAACUAUUUAUAGUGUACUUAAUCGUUCACCAGUGCAUUUACUUAAAGAAAUAAUUUUAGUUGAUGAUUUCAGUGAUAAAGAACACCUCAAACACAAACUUGAUUAUUACAUCAGGACACGUCUACCUAGUAAAGUUCAUCUUUUAAGACUGCCACAGCGUUCUGGCUUAAUAAGAGCUCGUUUGGCUGGUGCUAAGAUGGCAUCUGCUGAUGUUUUGGUGUUUUUGGAUUCUCAUUGUGAAGUGACUGAAUUUUGGCUUGAACCUUUACUCCAGAGGAUAAAAGAAAGCAGAACCUCUGUGUUGAUGCCAAUAAUUGAUGUUAUUAGUGAUGAAUCAAUGGAAUACAUGUAUAGCAAAGGAGCAAAGGACUUCUUUCAGAUUGGAGGUUUUACGUGGAGUGGUCAUUUUACAUGGAUAAGUAUACCACCAGAAGAGGAAGCCCGCCGGGGGAGUUCUAUCAACCCCACAAGGUCACCAACAAUGGCUGGUGGUCUUUUUGCAGUUGAACGUAACUUUUUCUGGGAAAUUGGCUCAUAUGACAAAGAUAUGGAUGUUUGGGGUGGUGAAAACUUGGAAAUGUCUUUCAGAGUAUGGAUGUGUGGUGGAUCUUUAGAAAUAAUUCCUUGUUCUCGAGUGGGCCACAUUUUCCGUUCUUUUCACCCAUACACUUUCCCAGGAGGUAAAGAUACUCAUGGCAUCAAUACUGUGCGUCUAGUUGAAGUGUGGCUAGAUGAAUAUAAGAGACUUUUCUACCUGCAUCGCCCAGAUUUAUUGAUGGUAGAUUUUGGAAACAUCACAGAACGCCUUGAAUUUCGGAAGAAAAGGAAAUGUAAAAACUUUAAAUGGUACUUGCAGAAUAUUUAUCCUCAGCUUUUUAUCCCAGAUGAAAACGUCCAGGCAUAUGGUCGUGUUCGAAACAAUCAUAUGUGUUUAGACACACUGCAGCGUCACGGCAAGGAUGCACAGUACAAUCUUGGAAUAUUUAGCUGCAAUGAACAGGCAGUUACAACUCAGUUCUUUUCCUUGACUGCUGCGGGUGAAUUACGCCAUGAAGAUAUGUGUGCAGAAGUCCUUAACUAUGGUGCUGACAAUGUUCCAAUGCAUGUCGUCAUGUAUCAGUGCCAUGGUAAGAAAGGAAACCAAUUUUGGGAAAUUUUGAAGAGUGGCGAGAUAGUGGCCAAGUACAGUGGAUUGUGCUUGGAUUCCUCUGAUCUACAACCUGGGGACGACAUCACAGCUUCAGUGUGUGACGGCAGGCGAUCACAAUUAUGGAUAUGGGACAACUAUAUCAAAUAAUGCCUUUUACAUGCUUGCAUGGUAAAUGUGGAAAUAAAAUAAAGUAUAUAUUUUUAA